AAAAAGCGAAUUUUUUAUUAAGAUGCUGCGCCGUUUUGAUCUCGCUAAGCGAGCCUUAGGAUGUUUGCGACGUCAUCAAAGUACAAGCACUAGAGAAGCUCCACUCUCAGAAAGCUCCUCAAAGUUGGAAUAUCGGGCGGGGGAUGUAAUCCAUGGUUUCAAAGUUGAUCAAGUGUGUAGAAUAGACGAGAUGCAUUUAGACGCAGUGAGUCUGACUCAUUCGUCAACAGGAGCUCGUUACCUCCAUUUGAGUAGAGACGACAGCAACAACGUAUUUUCCAUUAACUUCCGUACAAUACCACGAGAUUCUACAGGUUUGCCCCACGUUUUGGAGCACACGGUUCUUUGCGGUUCUCAUCGUUAUCCUUGUAGGGAUCCGUUCUUCAAAAUGCUGCGACGCUCUCUCGCAACUUUCAUGAACGCCAUGACAGGCCCUGAUUACACUCUCUAUCCUGUUUCUACGCAAAAUCCCAAGGACUUGCGUAAUCUUCAGUCGGUGUACCUGGACACGGUUUUCCGCCCAAGCCUCAGAGAGCUGGAUUUCCGACAAGAAGGCUGGAGGCUCGAACACGCCGACGUUCAUGAUCCGAGUUCCCCAAUCAUUUUCAAAGGAGUCGUAUUCAACGAGAUGAAAGGCGUUUUCAAUGAGAAUCAAGCUAUUUUCGGAGAGAAACUCUUGAACACAAUUUUGCCCAGCCAUACUUACGGUUUCUGCUCCGGAGGGGAUCCUCUCGUUAUACCACAAAUGACACACAAAGCUCUUGUCAACUUCCACUCCAAACAUUACCAUCCGUCAAACGCGAGAUUUUAUUCCUACGGCAACGUUUCCCUGAAACAACAUCUCAAAUUCGUUGAAGAACUCUAUCUUCGAGAUGCUAAGAAAAUUGAUGUCUCCGACACUGUUGUUCCACCUGAAAAACGUUGGGGAUCCCCGAAGAGAGAUCACGUCACGUGCAGACCUGAUCACAUGGCUGCUGACCCAACCAGACAACAUUCCAUCGCUAUUGCCCAACUCUGCAAUGACAUCAAAGACGUCGAUACCACUUUUGAUCUCUACGUCAUCUCGCAACUUUUGCUCAAAGGACCGAACGCUUUGUUCUACAAGAAUCUUAUCGAGAGUAAUUUAGCAACGGGAUUUGGAAAUUUGACUGGUUUCGAGACGCAGAUCCGUGAUACCAUGUUCGCCGUGAGUCUCCAGGGCGUGAAAUCCGAAGAUUUCACUAAAAUCGAGAAAAUCUACGAAAAUACAUUGGAAACUAUUGUGGAAGAGGGUUUUACGAGAGACGCGGUCGAGGCGGUACUGCACGGGAUCGAACUGCACGUUAAACAUCAAGCAGCUAAUUUCGGCUUGAACCUUUUGUUCAGUCUCACAGCUUUGUGGAAUCACGAUGGCGAUUUGAUAAAGUCGUUGCGAAUAAACGAGGCCAUGAAGCGGUUCGUUGACGCUCUCGACAAAGAUCCAAAAUACCUCAAUAAAAUCGUGAAAAAAUAUCUUCUCGAGAACAAACACAAACUAACGCUGACGAUGUCUCCGGACGAUAAUUACGAGAAAUUGCGUUGUGCAGCUGAGGAGAAACUCUUGAAAUCAAAAUUGGAUUCAUUGAGCAAAGAAGAAUUGGCGAAAAUUUUUGAGGAUGGAAAAAUUCUCUUGGCCGACCAACAGAAGGAAGAACCCGAAGUUUUGCCCACCCUUAAAAUCGGGGAUUUGAAAGCAGAUGUGGAGCGUUACGAAACUCGGGAUCUCACAGUUUCCGAUGUCCCGGUCCAAAUCUCCGUUCAACCGACCAACGGAAUUUCUUACUAUCGAGCAAUUCUCAAUACGAGAGAGCUCGAUGACGAGAUGAAAAAAUUGUUACCAAUAUUCAAUUCCGUGGUGGCAAAAAUGGGAACAAAGAAAAACGAUUAUCGAAGCUUCGACCGUCUCUGCGAGCUCAAAACCGGUGGUUUGAGUUUUUCGAGCCACGUAGCCGACAAGAAAGACAGCACGAGUCACUACGAAGAAGGAAUACUUUUGCAGUCUUACUGUCUUGACAAAAAUGCCAAAGAUAUGUGGAACAUUUGGGAAGAAUUGUUCAACGAAGUCGAGCUCCAGGAUCCCAAACGUUUGGAGAAUUUGGUGAAGGAGUACGCGGGAGAUGUGAUCAAUGGCAUCGCCGAUUCGGGCCACCACUACGCGAUGAGCAGCGCCAAAAGUCUCGUUGCCGAAUCUGCGAGACUUCGUGAAAGUCUCUCCGGCCUUGAGCAUGUCAGCAGGAUGAAAAAUAUCGCUCGGUUGGAAAAUUUUCAUGAAAUACUCGAUAAAAUACGGAAUAUACGCAAACACGUUUUCACGAAAAAUCAUUUACGAUCCUCCAUCAAUUUGUCGCCUGAGAAUCAUGACGACGUUCUUUCCGGCAUGAAUCAAUUCUACGGAGCUCUCGAGGGCAAGCCCACGAAAUCACGCCUCAUUACUGCCCACGAAUUAUCUUCAGGCCACCACGAAAAAGCUAUCCACCACGUUAUGCCCUACACCGUUAAUUAUUCGUCGAAAGCCAUACUCACCGUCCCUUACGAAAAUCCUGAAUAUCCUGUUCUCAGGAUCCUCGCUAAAUUGAUAACGAACCUUUAUUUGUUCCCAGAACUAAGGGAAAAAGGAGGGGCUUACGGAGCCGGCGCUAGUUUAUCGCCCGAAGGCAUUUUCACUUUUUACUCUUACAGAGAUCCCAACUCCACGAGAACUCUCGAUAUUUUUGACCGGACCUGUGAUUUCUUGAAAAAAUCUGAUUUCACCGAGAAAGAUAUCGACGAAGCAAAACUCGGAGUUUUCCAACAAAUCGAUGCCCCCAUUCCGCCUGGUAAUCGCGGCCUGAGAAAGUUUGCUUUUGGCCUCGACGAUGACGACGUUCAGAGACAAAGACUCGGACUCAUGAAAGUCACAAGGGAACAGUUGCUAGCGGUUGCUGAUAAAUAUCUUCUCCCAGGAAAACACGGCUUGAAAAUUGGCCGUGCCCUCAUAGGACCUGCCAAUUCCGAACUCGAAAAUAGGGCCUCGCAAGGCUGGAACGUUCUUGAACAGGACGAAAAGAGUCGGGCUCGAGCUUGCUGAUUUUCAGCUAGAAAAUACAAAAAUGUCCAUAAUUUCCAAAAAAAUCUUCGUUGAAAACGCCACUCCGACUUCAAUUUUUUUCCUAAUAACGCAAACUUGUCAAUAUUUUACUGAAUAAAACCUUACGACAAAUUACUCUUA